UUUAGCUGGGUAUCAAUCAGAUGCAUUAGUUGCUGCUGCUGCUGCCAGCCCUCCCCCUUGUUGUGAUGUAGUUCUUAUCAAGCCCCCCUUGUGUUGUUGUGACAGCGCUGAUAUUGUUUAUUGAGGUGGGUGUCAGGUAUAAUUAGCAAUCGAUACGGGGAACGUUUGCCGCUUGCCACGUCUGUGACGUCACGGCCGAUUAAGGUUUCUUAUUGGCCCCAAAUUCCCCAAGCCUGGGCUAAUUAUUGGGAGCUUGAUGUUGAUAAAGUAAAGCUGAUCGUGGGCUGGCAGCAUGUCUCCUCGUCACUGCUCCCUGCCACUGCAUGCUUUGUAGGGUCCCAGCAGCACUCUGGCAGCUCUACCCUGGGAGAUGAUGGACAGUAGGAUCCUGGAGCACCCUCAUGCCCAGUUUGGAGGCUCCAUGAGUGGCAUGGUGGGCUUCCCUUACCCACUCGGCCACCACCAUGUGUAUGAGUUAGCCAGUCACCAGUUACAGUCUGCAGCAGCCGCCGUGCCCUUCUCUAUAGACGGAUUACUCAAUGGCUCCUGCACUGCUUCUGUUGUCAACCCGACCCCCCUCAUGCACUCUGGAUGUGGCCUCGGCGGUGACAGUCAGCAGUACAAACUGUCAGACUCAAUAGACCCGGACAAGGAGAGCCCCGGCUGCAAGAGAAGAAGGACCCGGACCAACUUCACUGGCUGGCAGUUGGAGGAGCUGGAGAAGGCUUUCAACGAGAGUCACUAUCCGGAUGUGUUUAUGAGAGAGGCCCUGGCCUUGAGGCUGGACCUAGUGGAGUCCCGAGUUCAGGUUUGGUUCCAAAACCGCAGAGCUAAGUGGAGAAAAAAAGAAAACACCAAGAAGGGCCCUGGGAGGCCAGCCCAUAAUUCCCACCCCACCACCUGCAGUGGAGAGCCCAUGGACCCCGAGGAAAUAGCCAGGAAAGAGCUGGAGAAAAUGGAGAAAAAGAAGCGAAAGCAAGAGAAGAAGAUGUUAAGGAACCAGAACCGGCACCAGCACUCUCCAGGCGACAUGUCACUGCACACCCCUAGUUCUGACAGUGACAGUGGACUCUCCCAGACUCAUGACUCAAGCUCAGUGGAGAGCAGCCAUCCUGAUAUGGGACAAAGCAGAAGCCAAUCUCAGGCAAGCUGUGACCAAACAGGACAAGCCUUUUUCCAAAGCCAAAGAAACACAGGACAGAGGGACAGGGUCAGUGACAAGGAGUCACCGGUUGAGGCCAACCACAACUCAGGCUUGUGUCCAAAUGUCAGAGGCUCUGCCUUCCAGAAACUCAACCCCUUCAGCGUAGAAAGCCUGUUGUCUGACUCUCCCCCCAAAAGGAAGACAGGGAUAGAAUUUCCAGGUUUAACGAACCCCAGGACCUUGAUUGGGAAGGGACAUUUUCUGCUGUACCCCAUCACCCAACCUCUGGGAUUUAUAGUACCGCAGACUUCCAUUAAAUCCAACUCAGCCCAGGAACUGCCCAGUCCUGGAAUUAAAGACUCACAUCAUAACAGUAACUCGGGUCAGUGCAGUCUAAAUACCUCCCCGAACCCUGCACAGAACUUGUACCCCAACAAACACACGAACUCAUCCCAUACUCAAACUCUAACAGUUUGUAAGACUGAGAAUGGGGACCACCAUGGGGCGACCCCCAGCCUUGGAGGAGACACAGGGACUGAGCAGUUGGACAGCGCUUUUUCUGAGCCAAAGUCUCCCAAGUCCAUGAAAAGCGACAGAGAGACCCCAGAGUGUUCGGAUGGCCCAACUUCUUCCUGCCCCCCCAAACCUAGCUUAGACUGUGAAGAGGUAGAUAUGGACUAAGCCUCCCCUUAUCCUUAUGGACUCUACUGACUUCUAACAUUCCCACUAGCUGAACCCAAUAGACAGCUUCCUCCAGUCCACUUAUAGUCUAUCCAGGUGCCAGCUGGGCGCAGUGAUUUCUUAGGUCGGCUUUAUAUCAGCAGAUUAAAAUCAUAAUCAUGGUAAUAAUAAUUAUGAGAAGAGAGAAAAAAAAAACACCAACCCCAUGAACAAAAGCAACGUAAAUCCUCAAUCUUGUAAAAUGCAAAAAUGUAUAAAGAUAUUUAUAUAUGUAAAAACUCUUUUGAUAAAUAAAGCUUAAAACUGUU